UCAAUUGUUAUUAGACAAACAAAAUCGCAAAAAAAUACUAAACGCCUUAACUAUUGUUCGAUUCAGUGCAUGAAGUCGCAUGUUCCUCACCAACGUUCCAACUGAUAUUUUGGUGUCUUUUUUUUUUCAGAACAAUCGCUUCCAAGUUAUCAUCCCGAAAAUACAUCAAUCUCUUCGAAGAGAGCAUCAAAUACAGUUGUUACUUUAAUCGAUAAAACUGGAAAAUCAUCGCCCAUCGUUUAUGAGGCUGAACAAUUAGGCUGGACUGUAAUUAUUUGGUUGCUCACUAAAGGAAGCGCUGUUUUACCAGUUACCACUGGUAAACUAGAAAUCAGCAUAAAUGACCCCCUGAAAGCUAUUUCUGUUGCACUCAUCGGCACUAAUGGAGAUAUAAAUGUAAGGGACGUGUCAGGAAAAACACCGUUGAUGAAUGCUGAAAUCGAAGGAAAAGAAGAAGUUAUUCAAGCACUUUCAGAAUUUGGAGCUGAUCCAAGUAUGUUUGAUCCGAAGAGAAAAUCAGCAGUGGAGUACGUCACCGAUUUUGAAAGUGUAAAAAUUUCCAAAAAUAACGCAGACAAUAUCGCAGAACUGCUUCUUGCUGCUGGUGUAGACGUGAAUCUUGGCAAAGGUGAAACAGCGUUAGCUUGGUCUAUAAGAAGAAGCUAUGACGACAUCGUCAAUGUUCUGAUAAAAGCUGGUGCAGAUGUUAAUGCAGAGUAUGAAGACCAGAGAACACCAUUGAUGAUUGCUGUCGAAAAUAUACAUAAAAGCUUUCGUUACACAGACGAGAAUGAUGAAAAAAUCGUCAAUGCUCUAAUAAAAGCUGGCGCAGAUGUCAAUGCAAAAGACAAACACCAAAGUUCACCAUUGAUGAUUGCUGUCACAAAUAACAASGAAMAAAUCGCAGAAAGGCUUAUUGAUGCUGGUGCAGACGUGAAUCAUGCCGAUAGUAAUGGACAAACUGCACUGAUUUGUGCUAUAAGUAAUAGCAAUUACCAAAUUGCCUAUGAUUUGAUUGGAGCAGGCGCAGAUGUUAAUGCACAGUAUGAAGACCAGAGAACACCAUUGAUGAUUGUUGUCGAAAAUAUGCAUGACCGCUCAGGUUCCCUUUACGAGAAUGAUAAAAAAAUCGUCAAUGUUCUAAUAAGAGCUGGCGCAGAUGUAAAUGCUAAAGAUAAAGACCAGAAAUCACCAUUGAUUAUUGCUGUCAAUAAUAACAAACACUACAUCACAGAAAGACUUCUUGAUGCUGGAGGAGACGUAAAUCUUGUCGAUAGCAACGGCGAAACUGCACUUACCUUGGCUAUCAAAAAAGGUGACGAAAAAUUUGUCAAUGCUAUGAUACGAGCUGAUGCAGUUGUUAAUGCAAAAGAUAAAUGCCAACGAAUCCCAUUGAUAAUUGCUGUCGAAAAUAACAAAGAAACCAUUGCAGAAACACUUCUUGAUGCUGGUGCAGAUCCUAUUGCCACUGAUAGUAAAGCAGUUUUAGGUGCAGCACUUGUGUGGGCUGCCAAAAAGGGACGAGAUCAAAUGGUCAAUGAGGUAAUAAAAGCCGGUCAGGAUGUUAACAUCAAAGACAAGUCUCAGAUGUCACCAUUGAUGCAUGCUGUGCAAAACAUCAAAGAAGAAACAGCUCAAAUACUGAUAAAUGCAGGCGCAGAUGUGAAUGUCCUCGAUGACCAAGGACGAACUCCAUUGAUUUGGGCUACAAUUCUUGGAAUCGAGAAAACUGUUGUUUCCUUGAUCAAAGCUGGUGCAGAUGUUAAUGCCCAAAAUAGAUACCAGAGAACGCCGUUGAUAAUUGCUAUCUUAAACAGCAGUGAUACCAUUGCAGAGUUACUGAUAGACUCCGGUGCAGACGUAGAUGUGGCGGAUGACAAGGGACAAACACCCUUGAUAUGGGCCGUAAAAAAGGGAAAUAAGAAAAUUGUCCAGACUUUGGUCAAAGCAGGUGCUAAUGUGAAUCACAAAGACAAUUCCCAUAAAACACCACUGAUGCAUGCUCAACAGACAAAGAAUGAAUUGAUUGCUGAGCAACUGAUUGCCGCUGGUGCAAUGUAA